AUAUGUUGGGCGAUAGCAUCAACCAGAAGUUUAUCUGCUCGUCUUCGUAUCCUUAAGAAAAUUGAAGCGCCAUUAUCAGCACUCCAUCUUCUAGUGGGGCUCAUCGACAAAGUAAAUUCCAAAGGAGCACUUGUAGAUUUUCAACAUCUGCAAACGUUUUUAAAGAAGGAUGGCGCAAUCUUAGAGGAAGAUUGCAUGUGUGUUGAACCAUUAUUAAAUACUAAAAAGGGUAAAACUAAAUCCAAGGUGCCCACACUGUGUACCAACAAAAGACAGCCUAAACGCACAUUUAAAGUGAAAGAUUUGAUCAUCUCGGAAAAGGUGGAUGAGAAAAAACUUAUAUCUUUAGUCACCGAAGGUCCUGUGGCGGUCAGUUUAGACUUCUACAAAGAGUUUGAAGACUUAGUAGGGGUUGGAUGGAAUCUACUAAGGUCCCAAAAGAGUAGAAAACAGGUCGAGAAGAAUAUGGUUGUAUGUCACGGCUACGGAACAGUUAAUGGAAUACAUUACUGGGAUAUCCAAAAUUCAGCCGGAACUAGAUGGGGAAAUGGCGGGUUCGGAAAAGUGAUUCGA